CUCGCCCUUCCCCCUCCCCCUUAUUUCAGCUCCACUUUCUUGGGUGGGGAGCAAAAGGGUGCAUGCAGUCAAGUCAGGUCUUGAGAUAACCAGAGGAUUUGGCAGGGGAGAAAAAGGAGAACAAUGAACAGGACUCUGGCAGGAGCACCCGGUGGCUUCACUCCCAGGCAAAGGCAGCCGCGGUGACAAAGUGAAAGCGAAAGAGGAGGAGGCCAAGGACUGACGAGAAAGCAACAGGCCGGCGAGGGCGGUUUGGAGAGGCCGCCUCUUCCCUAGCCCGGCCGUGCCAGUGGGAGGCCGUGCAGAAGGGCGGUAGGGGACGCGGGAGACGAGUGGCGGGCGCACCGCCUCCAUGGGCACGGGGGAGGGAUGGUGCCUGCUGCUCUGCCUGGCUCUGUCCCGGGUGGCGGCUGACCCAGCCGAAACGCAAUGGCGGGCAGUGGAUGUGGUCCUAAACUGCUUCCUGGUGGAGGAAGGUAGGCAGCAUGGAGGUUUUGCCAGCAGUAGGAACACGGUGAAGGCCUUGCUCGUGCUGAGGCAGGUACCAGUGCUGGAUGACGGCUCCCUGGAAGGCUUCACCGAUUUCCAAGGGGGCACACUGGCCAAAGACAACCCACCUGUUACCUUCGAGGCCUCGGUGAACUUGGUACAGAUCCCCCAGGCCGAGGCCUUGCUCCAUGCUGACUGCAACGGGAAGGAGGUGACCUGUGAGAUCUCCCACUAUUUUCUCCAGGCCACUGUGAAGGCAGCUUGGUUCAUCACCAACGUGCAGGUAUCCGGAGGGGGACCUAGUGUCUCCAUGGUGAUGAAGACUCCCAGGGAUGCUGAGAAUGGAGCUGUCUUGCACCCCACACUGAACCUGCCCUUGAGCCCCCAUGGGAUGGUACCGACUGCAGUGGAGCUCCAAGUGACAACACAGACCCCGUCCCUGAACUUCCUGCUGGGGUCGUCAGCCUCCCUGCACUGCGGCUUCUCCAUGGCACCGGGCUUGGAGCUGACCGGUGUGGAGUGGCGGCUGCGUCAUAAGGGCAACGGCGAGCUGGUGCACAGCUGGACCAGGGCGCAGCGGCAGGCCAAGCGGGAGGGCGCCACCCUGGAGCCUGAGCAGCUACUCGUGGCCGGGGAUGCCUCCCUCACCCUGCCUAGCCUCACUCUGAAGGACGAGGGGACCUACAUUUGCCAGAUCACCACCUCUCUGUACCAAGCUCAACAAAUCAUCCAGCUCCACGUCCAAGCUUCCCCCAAAGUACAACUGAGCUUGGAGAACAAAACUCCGCCAGCCACCCUCAUCUGCAACAUCGCUGGCUAUUACCCUCUGGACAUGGCUGUGACGUGGACCCGAGAGGAGCCAGGCGGAGCCCCAGUCCCAGUCUCUGGUGCCUCCUUCUCCAGCCUCCGGCAAAGCCCAGCAGGCACCUACAGCAUCUCCUCCUUCCUGACGGUAGAACCUGGCCCUGCAGGCGCCACUUACACCUGCCAGGUCACCCACAGCUCCCUAGAGCAGCCCCUCAGGGCCAGCACCCAGGUCUCCCCACCAGAGCAGAAAACAGCCUUUGGAGUCCUUCUUGCCAGCAGCCUCUUCCUUCUUGCCCUGUUGUUCCUGGGGUUUCAGAGACGGCAAGCUACCUCACCAAGAUCUGCCAAGACUCUGAGGCCCUCUGGGUAACCGCUUUCCUACCUCUGAGCAAAAGGCAAGAGUAGUCACAUUCUCCCAGAAGGACUCCAGCCAAGUCUCAGAGCUCAAAAAGGCCCCAAGAAAGGCAUGAAGGCACAGAUCCUGGGGACUCUGGCUCUGUGUGGAUCUCUGCCUUCCUUCAUUGUGUCCCCGGGCUGAACACCAAGGGAGAAAACAUGAAGAGGUGAGAGAGUGGUAGGAAAGCAGAGUGUCUGGGUGAAGGUUAAAAAUGAGCCUGCGGUAGGAAAAGAAAAUGGGAAGAUAUUAAGAAACGAGCAAGUGGGCAAGUCAUGUUCUCAUGGUUUGUGAGAUGGAGCCCCACAGUGGGCUCCACACUCAGUGGGGGGUCUGCUUGAAGAUU